CAGCUGCAGGCCCAGCAAUGUAAUUAAACAUUGCGAGCAGGGCCGGAUCUAGCCUGUCCAAUUUGUGGGGUACAGUAAAAAAUGUCAGGGGAGCAGAGGACAGGGUCACUGCUGCCAGGGCAGAGGACAAGGGUCACUCAUGGCAGGGCAGAGGACAAGGGUCACUCAUGGCAGGGCAGAGGACAGGGGUCACUGCUGGCAGGGCAGAGGACUGGGGUCACUGCUGGCAGGGCAGAGGACAGGGGUCACUGCUGGCAGGGCAGAGGACAGGGGUCACUGCUGGCAGGGCAGAGAACAGGGGUCACUCAUGGCAGGGCAGAGGACAGGGGUCACUGCUGGCAGUGAAGAGAAAUUGCAUUUAGUCACUGCUGGCAGGGCAGAGGACAGGGGUCACUGCUGGCAGGGCAGAGGGCAGGGGUCACUGCUGGCGGGGCAGAGGACAGGGGCACAGCUCCUCCUACCAUCCCUGCACUGUACACAGCCUGGGCACAGGCAGCAGAACUCCCCACACAACCCAUAACU